UGUGCUGAGUCUCUCCAGCAAUUUCUGUUCUUCUUUAGAACAAGGAGCCUUUUUGUCAUCUGAUGAUCUUGUGACUGCUGUGAUCUUGUGAUGAGACAUCAUUGGAAAGACGAAAAGGAAAAAACAUAACAUCAGUACAAAGAGCUAUUUGUGUAAAAAAGACAACAACUUAAGCCAGUGUGAGGAUGCCUGGAACUUUGCAGAACAUUAACCCCUUCCAAUGUGAUUUGAGCUAGUUAGCAACAUAAAGUCAUUCAUCCAAAUGAGAAGUAAUACCCACCCUCUUAGAGGCAUACAGUGCCUUCAUCUAAUACAGAAGUGUAUCACUGUUGGGCAAGAGAUAAAAAUAUGUUUCAAAGAAUCUGUACAUUUACAGAAUUUACAUCAUAGAAUUUUAAGAAAUUAGUUCAACAACCUAUUCAUUGUUUACUGAGGAAGCAUGAGAAGAAAACAGAAUUAAAGUUGGCUUCAUCUUUUUGUUGCUGAGAUCAGAAUUCAGCUGGGAAUUCCAUGGUGUAAAGGUGUCACCGGUUCCAGAGUCCUGCUCAAUAACUGGUAGCACAAUGAUGCAACUUUAAACCAAGGCCACACAUCUCUGCUAAGGUGGAUGUAGAAGCUCCACGGCACUAUUUUGAAGAAGUGCAGGAGAGUUUUCCCUCAGGUUCUGGCCAUUAUUUAUCUCUCAAUCAACAUCACUUUAAAAAAUCUGGCAUAAUCUUUUGUUGGAUGUUGAUUGAUUUUCCAUGCCUCACCCAAGGACCUAACAUGUAAACCCAGAGGGCAACUGCUGGUGUUUUGAAGAAUAUUCCUGAAUAAUUAAGGGCCAAUUCAUUUAGUGCCUGGAAAAUAUCACUAUGUUGUGCAAAGGCAUUAUUCUUGUGAAUGUUAUUUCCUCAAUAAUAAUUGAAUCAAAAGUAGCAUCCUUUCAAGUUCGGGAACAUGAAGUAUCUCAAGUCAACAGUCCUUCUUCACAACCAAGUAUGAUUGGAGUUGUCCAUUUAUCAACUACAAGACAGCAAGACCUCAAACUAAACCUACCUCCUGUGUCUUCUGCAUUGCCUGCAGAAACAGAAAGUAGUGUGGUUUCUCUUUCAGUUUCUCAGAUGUCUGGAUCGCAGCCUAUAGCAAGAAGGCUUGGUACAAGACCGUUGUUAACAUCUUGGGUGCCUACAAUGCGACCUGUUGACAAUAGAGCUAGUACAGUGUCAUUGCAGGUACCAAACAUCCACUUGGAUUCCGAUGGCAAGAUUAUGAAUGGUGUGUUGUUCAACCGUGAUGAAGUUGGUUCACCCCAGGAUGCUGGGCAAUUACAUACCACCCCUUUCCCAAACAGAAACCAGAUUGACAAUCUGCAUUCUAAAGAAAAUCCUCAAGGACCCUCAAAUAUCCCAGAGUUAAUUAGCAAAACUUUACACAGUGUAUCUAGUGACUUUUCAGUCCAAAACCUACCCAGUACUAGAUUGCAGCCAAUAGGAUCCACAACUAAAACAUCCUUCUCCCCAGUAUAUGUCACAAUGGUGAAAACCACCCAAAGUUCUCCACAAGAACCUUCUCAUGCAGGAUCAAUGGUGCCAAUCAAUACAUAUCCUGGUCUUCAACAAAGACCAGUCACUAUAAGAUUCAUCACCACUGAAAGUACUGAACUGCUAACCAAGACCAAGGCACCGAGUAAACCAGCCUUCGACCUUUUGAACACCGACCACUCUGUGCUUUUCUCAGUGUCAGAACUGCAGCCUGGAAUCUUGAAGCCAACUUCAACAAGUAUAACCCAUCAAUCAAUUACAUUGAUAGUGGACCAAUCAAGCAAUAGAUCAUCAAUUUACCCUGUAAGAUCAAAAACUAUAAGUGAAGUUGAGCUGUUCAAUAACACUACAACUCCUAAAACUGCACAUGAAAGGAGUGCACCAACCAGCAGGUCAGAUGGAGUGGGUACUCCCAACAAAGUCACGUGGGACUCUUUAUCUGUAACAACAUUUCAUUCUACUCCAAACUACCAGAUUCACCAAACAAAGCACAGUGACGAGCCAGAAAAGACAACAGAUUUGAUCCUUGGAGAUGAAAAUUCUUCUGGUAUAGGCCCCAUCCCUGUAUCCAGUGGUAACAAGGAUGAAAACUGCAGUUCAGAUAAGUUCUGGAACAGCAUUUACCCUGACAGUGAAGGAGGAGUACAAAACACAUCUUUCAAUCCUAAUUUCCUACUUGUCCCUCCAUUGUUUGUGAACCUCCACACAGACUGGAACACCGCAUUGACUGAAUGGGGAUUUGCGUGGGACCUCCAUGUUUAUGGAUUGGGGUCACUCUUUGGCUUGGUAACAGUCAUCUCUGCAAUUGGUAUUCUCUGUCUUCCUUUCAGAUCUCCAUCAAGUCUUGGUUAUUUCAUGAUUCUCAAUGGAUUGCUUUUCCUGACAGGCUCAAUAAGAACUUUUAUUUUCUUUUAUGAUGCCUACUGUUAUCAGCACAAAUUACCUACAAUUGUUGCCUUACUUCUGUAUGAUUUGGUCUUCCCUUGCCUUACUUCUGCUUUUGGAGUUGUAAUCCUCAUCCUGUCAUUGAGGUCUGGGCCACAAGCAGUGACGUCACGAUUCCAGCGUUCAUGCUUCCUAACCACAAUUAUCUUUCUCCACUUCACACUCACUGUAGGCACAAUCUUGGUCAUUACACUGCUCAAUCAAGCUCCCUUCCUCCUCUUUGUGUCGCAUGGGAUCUUUGUGGUUUUGGUAACCAUUUUGUCUAUUUUAUAUUUCACAUUUUACUGUCAUGCACGUAUGGUUGGCAUGCAGGUCUACAGCAUGAAAACCUCAACACCAUGCCUCGAGACUUUGAACACUGGACCCUUCAGAGAAACAGAGCAUUGGGGAAGAGUAGCCAAGUUGGCCGUGUGGACUGCAGUUUUCAGCUUGAGCUGUGCUGCGUUACAGUUAUAUGCUAUUCUGUACCGACUAGGAUUAGCUGGAGAUCAUGUUUUCCAGCCGUGGCCUUGGUGGAUUUUCCAUUUUGGUACCAGCUUGUGCGAAGUGGGCAUGUGCCUCACCAUGUCCCUUAUUGGUAUCUAUCCAUUGUUUUGUAUCUCUAAAACAUCAGACCGUAACCACUGGAACAAAAUGUUCUGUCUUUCUUCAACUCAUGUAUCUAUGAAAGCCCCUAUCCUUUCAAACACCAAUCAAUGGUCAACUUCCCACCAGGAGAAGACAUUGAAUUGUGAUACAAUUGUCCAAAAUGAAUCAGAAUGUGUUCCCCUCUACACCAUGCCUGACAACCAAUUGAGCAGCGGUGAGGAGAUUAACUUGAUCUAUCACAGCAGUGAGACCAGUGAAAUUAAAAAUCUGGAUUUCCAUUUAAAACAUGGUGGAUCCUCCAGGACAUCUUCCUUCAUUAGUGUUCAGAUGGACAGUGAUUCCACUGUUGAUCUAAGACCCCCUUCACCUAUUAAUCUAAGACGUAGUAUAGAUGAAGCCCUUUUCAGUGAGGCCCUCAUUCCUGAAAGUCUAUUCCAUUGGUCAAGACUACACAGUUCCAGUAAUAUGUCCCUUUGUGGCAACAGGUCAAUGCCAACAAGCACCAAUGACGUCUUCAAGGAGAAUUCAGCAGAUAGAGGCCUGUAUCGGACAUCGUCUUGUGUUGGUGUGGAAAGAACAGAGAUUACCAGAGGUAUCACCAACACCUUCAAGAAGCUCAACAUGACACAAGCCUUGACUCCAGAAAGGUGGGAGGAUAGCUCUAUCAGCUCCAUCUGCAGAACCUCACAAGAUGGAUCAUCGUUGAUGCUUUGCUCCAGACCCGAGAAGUUGGGCUUCUCAACUACUGGCUCUGAACAAAAAUCUUACAGGGACUCCUCUCCAACAAGCCUUCAUAGUAUUCACCAGUUAAAGGCUUUGUCUUCUCCAGAGACCAUGGAUAGAAAUGAUACCCCAGAUUCAGCAACGCAAGUGGAGUUCAUGAAGAUUUGCAGGCAAAUUGACCAGCUGAGUAUUAGCAGUGAGACAAUAGAAUUAUGAAAAAAAAGCAAUGCUGUUAUCCAAACGGAACUAUUUCUACACUGCAUCUUAUUUAAUAUUUGGAAAUGCUUACUGGGGAAGUAUACUGUCAAAAGUGAAACAAAGUGCAAUGCUUGUGUUCAAGAGGCCAAAGAUUGGUGGACUCAGGACGUAUACUGGUCUUGGGUAGUGGCAUAAAAUGUGAGGCAAUGAAUUGGAAUCAUGUUUAUGCCCAACUAACUUAAUUGGAAAGGAAAAUUGGGAAAGUGUAAAACAUGCUGAUAAUUUGCUAACACCUGUUUUGCUCCAACAUGCGAGACUAAUUCUGUCCUCCUAGAACUUCUGCAUGGAGACACUCUUGUGACAUGGUGGUAGUGUCUCUACCUCUAAAGCAGAAUCUCUACCAGCUCCAGUGGUGGAUCACAAGAGAUUGAUUAAAAGAAAAGAACUUCUAUAAAUGUGUAUCUAUGGUGCAGUGUUAUUGACAAGGCUGGGUCAAGUGCUUACUGGUACGCUGAGAAUCUGCAAUCUUGCAGAUAAGCCAAAUGCGUACUUCAUUUUUGAGGUAAAACUCACAUCAAUUUUUCUGUUUUUGAGUUUUUAACAUAGGAAGUAAUCUUUAACUUUGAGCUGAAAAAGACAUUAAAUAUUCACUGUAUCUGUGGUUCUUUGCCCAAGUGUGUACCAUAAUUUCAAUAGAAGAUGGAAACCCUGGCGAAGUGGCAAGAACAAUUCUUGUGGAUCUUCUUUGCGGGUUAUUUAACCCCUUAAAUUCAAUCUCUGUUGGCACAGUUCUGCAUACAUUGAUCCAUUCUCCUUCUGAGAUAUACAGGAAUGUUUUUGGUUCCAGUUAGUUGCUGUCAGGUGAGGUUAAACUAAUUGCCCUCAAUUGGGAACAGUGCAAAUCAGUGAGCCUUAAACUGAGCUUGUGUUUGUGAGUGGAUCUCAGGUGAGAGAUGGACUGGGCUCCCCUGUGAAGGAUCAUUUCCCUUUAUUGAAUGUCUUGCUCACGAUCAUUGCAUGAAGUCAAACAUGAAUAUCCAAUUUGUAAAACUAUACCCAGGAGAUUUCCAGACAGAACAAACAGACCAGAAUAUGUGGUCACAACACCAGCACUUGUUACAAUAAUACAUAUUGUGGUUUAUAUUCAUAAUGCCAGAAUCCUGAACCCUUUAUGUUUUUCUGCAGCAGAUCCCUGAUUUAAAGGAGAAAGAAUAGGGCUGGAGAUUGAGCUCUUCACCAGUGAUAUCCAAAAUUAACCCUGGGAUCAUGAGCCUGGGCUAAGUUUUGAAACAAGGAGAAUAAGAACGUAAAAAAGGCACUUACCUAAGCAAGUGAGGUAAACACCUAAAGAAAAAAAAAAUUCACGGGAUGUUGUUAAUCAGAAACAAAAGCAGAAAUUGCUAGAAAAGUUUAGUAUCU